AUAAUUUCAAAAACGAUCAGCUGUUAUGUCACGAAAAAUCAUAACCUCACCUUCAAAAAAUUAAAUUUCUGAAAUAUCAAUAAGUAAAACUAGAAAUAAGCUUAUCUUAUGUUUGAACUACACUUAUGUACAAAAUAAAUUAUAAAUAACUUGUAAAUUGAAUAUAAGAAAAUGUCUAGUCUUCUUUGCAACAUAAAAAUAUCUUUAAAAAAUCAUAGUUAUUGUGUACAUUUUCUUGUUCGAUUGAUAAAUCAUCGGAAAAAAUCGAUUUUGGUUGAGGUAGACGCCCUGGAUGCGUUCACAAGUCAUUUAGUAAACGAGAAAGCAAAUAAAUGGGAAAACAUGAAGAUAAAGACGAAAAGUUUUGUUCCUGUAUCGAAUUUGAAAAUAAACCGGGUACAUCAAAAUAUACAACGAAACGUAACGAUAGAGAGUUUAAGCGGCGCUUUACAAGAAGGUAUUGAGGAAAAUAAUGUUGAAAGUAUAAUGGAAAUUUUAGAAGAAUGUAAACGAAGGAAAGUAAUAUCUCUUAAUGUAUCGAUGAAUGUUUUAAGUUAUUUUGCUCAAAUUGGCCACAUAGAAGGAAUUAAGCUUAUACAAGAAAUGUAUGUAGAUGUAAAUCCGAGAGUUUUAAGCAUUUAUGGUGAUUUCCAACAAUAUUUAGCUGAAGCUACUUGGAUAAAAGGAAAUAUACCUAAGGCUUUAUUGAUUUUUUUGGAAGUAUACAAAAAUAACCGUUGUUUAAGACAAAACAUAAGAAUUGUGUUGAGAUAUUUGUAUUAUAACGCUUCACAAAAAAAUAGCGAAGCUAGCAUGGUAGCCAUAUCAAAAUUUUCUGAACAGUUAGCAAACGAUUUUCAAGACUAUACUCCUUUAAUGAAUUUAUGGAAAAUUUGUCUUUUAAGCGAAUGGUACAGCGAUCAAGUUCUUGCAGAAGAAUUAUUAGAAAGAAAUGAGAUGUUAAUAAAAAUAGUUUUAUCUCAAACAUCUCAAAUUGUUGGGUUAGCACUGAAAUAUCACAAGAUAGAAUCUGUUUAUAAAUUAUUGGAAAUGUUGUUAAAAUACAAAUGUAAAACUGAAAGUUCUAUAGUUUUGAUUUCUUUGUUUGAUUAUAAACUUCGACAAAGAGAUUUAUUUAGUUGCACACAAAUAUUAAAAUGGGCAACAAAAUAUGACAUAUUAAUACCUUCCUUACAACAAGAAAAAGCUUUACAGUUAUUAUUAAAUGGCAAUACAACUAAAAAAGUGAAAAAUUGUACUUUGAAGUUUUAA